UGUUGAAACUUAGAAAAGCGUUCUUUUUACUUCCCUCUACUUCCAGAAAAGCCGUGAGCGACGGUGGCGGGUCGAUGGAGAGUCGUGAUCGGAGACGUGAAAUGGAGGCGGAGAUGUUGGAGGACGUGAGCGAGGCCGUCGCAGCGAUAAAGAAGGCUAAGCACGUGGACCAAGUGAUUUGCGCUCUCCACUCCCUCGCCGUCCUUGUCUUUCCCGUCGAUUCCUCUCUUCUCUCAGGCGUUGUUGAUGAAGGAUACAGAGAUCAGAUUCUCGGGAUGAACCUUCCAUCUGCAAAUGAGAGAGAAGAUCGGUGGCAGACGUUCUACCGCGGAGCUGCAUUUCCAUCUUUAGCUAGAGUCCUAUUAUACGAUGUCGCCUCGGACUGGCUUGCGUGCUUUCCCUUCACUGCACAGAAGCAUGUAUACGAUGUUUUCUUUGUGGAUGGACUUGCCACUGAGGUGGUUCAGACUCUGGUUCCUCGUCUACACCAAAACAGCAUUGCUGGUCUUGAUGUCAAUGCCAUUGUCUCGAAUGUCCAGAGAUUAAUAGUGCUUUUCUUGCUUGAAAGCACCGGAGUGCUCCGUAUUGCUACAGAGUUUGCCAGAUCACAAAGGGAAGGUUCUUCUCAUGAACAACUCCAGCCUGUCAUAUCAAGGGUGGCACAGCUUAUAGCAUCCGUGCCUGACAAAGCACAGUUCAGGGCUCUGUCUUCUCUUUCAGCACACAUUUUCUUCAGGCAGAUAAUUACUCAGCUUUUCUGUGGAUUUGAUGGAAGAGAUUUGACGACAGAUCCUGGAAGGACUCUCAACAAGAGUGAGAUGGAUGGCACCUUUCAUUUCACUGGGGAGAUAUUUGCUCGCAUCUGUCGUCGGGGAUUUACAGAUGUUUUGGCUGGUGAAGUGGUUCCUCGGAUGCUGAGUCACAUCCGAGGCUUAUUGUUAUCAAAGGGAACAACUAUUGCGGCAGAUGUAUUUGAAUCAGAUCCAGGGUCCCAGUUUUGGAUAAAGAUGAUGGGAAAUAUAAAAGAUUCCUAUGCUGUUGAAAGAACUUCAGAAGAGCUUUUACGUGGGCUUGCUACUGAACAUAUAAAUGACACUGAAGCUUACUGGGUCAUUUGGAUAUUGUUUCACAAUCUGUUCUAUAAUCAAGAAUCUGUCCGGACAUUGUUUCUGGACAAAUUUCUGCUCUGGAAAGUAUUACCUGUUCAGUGCCUGCGUUGGAUUUUUCAGUUUGCUGUGUUUGGAUGCCCUCCUAAUCCUGAUUCACAAGUCUCAAAUCAUGUUUCGCAACAGCUUCCAGUUACACUGCAAAGUCUGGUGGUAGUAUGGUCCAAACAGGAGUUUUUGCGAUCAGCAUCAUUGGAGCAGCAAGUUUAUGUUACAGCAGCAGUAGGCCUUUUACUGGAGCAGAUGUCUAAGGAAGAACUGGAUAAGUCUAAGGAUGUGAUGCGCUCAAUUCUUCAAGGAGUUAGCUGUAGGCUGGAGAGUCCUGACCAUUUAAUUAGAAAAAUGGCUAGCAGCAUUGCUCUAGCAUUCUCGAAAGUGAUUGAUCCAAAAAAUCCUUUGUACCUUGAUGAUAGCUUCAGUGGAGAGAGUAUCGACUGGGAGUUUGGCUUAGGUACCUCCAAAUACAGUGCGCUGCCUACGUCUAAUUCCCAAACAAAGGGAAUUCAUGAAACAAAGACAUCUGUUGGCACAGUGGACAUGACUGAGUUCAAUGAUAUAGCCACUGAUGGGCAGGAAGGUGAUCUGAAAAAUGAAAGGAAGAAGUUAUCUGAGUAUAAGAUGAUUGACCCUGAUGAGAUUAUUGAUCCAGCUAGUCUAGAACUUGAAAGAGGAUCUGAUUUUGAAAACAUGAGCGAAAGUUCCGAUGCCUCGAAUGACACUUCAUUGGAGCCAUAUGACUUGACAGAUGAUCAAACUGAUUUAAAGAGAAGAUUUUCCCAGUUGGUUGAUGUAGUGACAGCAUUACGAAAAACUGAUGAUGUCGAUGGGGUGGAGCAGGCUCUUGAAGUUGCUGAAAGGCUUGUGCGAGCAUCCCCUGAUGAACUAAAAUAUGUAGCAAGCGAUCUUGUUAGAAGUCUCAUACAAAUUCGUUGCUCUGAUGUGGCUGUUGAAGGUGAGGAAGAUUCAGCAGAAGAGAAAAGACAAAGGGCGUUGGUUGCUUUGGUGGUGGCAAGUCCACUGGAGUCCCUUGAAACUGCCCACAAGCUACUUUACUCACCAAAUGUGGAUGUAAGCCAAAGGAUAAUGAUACUCGACAUAAUGACUGAAGCAGCAGAAGAACUUGCCAAGGCCAAGAUUAUGCGAUUGAAACAUCAGACAGGGCCUCUUGUAUCUAUCACUUCAGAGAGUCGACCAUGGUUCAUGCCAAGUAGUGCCGGACCUGCUGGCGCUGGUUCUUGGAAGGAGGUAGCAGGGAGCGGCACUGUGCUGAACUUGUCAAGUACGGGGACUGAUAAUGUUCCGAAUUGGUCAACUCAUUAUGAGAGAGAGCUUCCUCCAAAACCUGGUCAGAUGAAGCGAGGGAAGACGCGCAGAUGGAGCAUUAAGUCUACAAAUAUGCGAGAAGAUCAGAUCGACAUAUCCCAGAAUAAAUUUCCUGUAUAUGCGGCAGCUUUUAUGCUCCCUGCCAUGCAGGGAUUCGAUAAGAAAAGGCACGGCGUUGACUUGCUUGGAAGGGAUUAUAUAGUCUUGGGAAAACUUAUCUAUUUCCUCGGUGUAUGCAUGAAAUGCACUUGUAUGCAUCCGGAAGCAACUGCAUUGGCUCCGCCUCUCUUAGAUUUGUUGGGAUCAAGAGAAGUUUGCCAUCACAGUGAAGCAUAUGUUAGAAGAUCUGUCCUAUUCGCUGCUUUGUGUGUAUUAAUAGCACUUCCUCCUUCAUUUGUCACAUCAGCUUUGGUUGAAGGCAAUGCAGAAAUUUCUAAAGGUCUUGAAUGGGUCCGGACGUGGGCCAUCCAGGUUGUGGAGUCUGACCCUGACAGAGAAUGCUAUACGUUAGCUAUGUCAUGUCUCCAACAUCAUGCUGAGAUGGCCCUUCACGCUUUGCGGGCAUUAGAAUCAAACAUAGAAACUGCUGUCAAGGCAAAGAACAUCAGUCUUCCAUCUGAUCUGUCCAAGGGAACAAUUAGAAUCCCCGGAGGAAAUAUUGAAUUGUAGAUGAAUCUCAUCUACUCCCCCAACAGUACCUGCUCACAUAAUGUACAUCAUCCACUCUCAAUGCGAAACGUCAGACCAAGAGGCAAGUCUUCUUGAACAUGAACCAAGUAAUGAUGGUUUUCAGAUGAGCAAUCCCUCUUCCUCUGAGGGAGAUCAGAAUCAGGUGAGAGCAAGUGAGCCUGCAUUUCAGUGGAUCUCACGGUUGGUGAAGCUAGGGCAGACUCUUCCGGUGAUGGAUCAGAGGAAUAUGAGACCCGAUAAAUGGAGGUGUCGAAAUUGAACGAGGGUCUUUCUUCACCCGACUUUGUGUCGAAAAGGUGACUUUACCGUACCCACAUGGAGUCUGGGAUAACAAGAUGCAAGAUACAACAAAUGGUACUUCUUCCCCGGUUUUUGGGAAUUGGUUGGGACUCAAGCAGCUGAUCUUUUGAUUAUUUUAAGUUCUUUUCUUCCUCUUCUCAAUGCUCGCAAUAAAGUAUGUCAGAUCCUGAGAAGUGUGCCGCAUUGGUGUAAAUUGUUUGAUGUUCUAUAACAGUAAAAUGCUUGUUUGUAAGAUUAAACCACGAACUAUUUAUCCUCGGAAACGGAUGUCAUAAUUUCCUUGCGGUUAAAAAGAAUAUUCAGGUCAA